CACUACCCUUCCCCCUACAGCUUGACGCCUCUUGGUCCAGUGCUCAAAGGUGGUCUCAUGGCGCCAGGUCUGCUAGGACUACUAUCUGUUAUCACCACAAUGGGUCUCUUGUCUUUUAUUGUAUACCGCUUCUCGACAUGGAGGCGGCACUACAGGACUUAUGUCGGAUACAAUCAAUACGUCGUAUUGUGUAUGAAUCUGUUGAUCGCCGAUUUCAUACAAGCCGUAUCUUUCCUCUUCUCCUUCCAUUGGAUUAGGAAAAAUGGAAUCUUUGCACCUACUUCUGCUUGCUUCGCGCAAGGCUUUCUCCUCAACAUUGGCGAUUUGACUUCUGGGUUCUUCGUUAUGGCUAUCGCCUUCCAUACUUUCUACACCGCAGUCAAAGGCCGUCGUAUUGGCCAUGUACAAUUCAUCGUCGCUGUGGUCUCGGUGUGGACCUUCGGCUUGCUUCUCAGCAUCAUUGGUCCAAUCGAAUACAGAGACCGAUACUUUGUUCGUGCUGGCGCCUGGUGCUGGGCUGGAGAGCAAUACCAGACCGAUCGUCUCGCUCUGCACUACCUCUGGAUUUUCAUCGUUCAAUUCGGCACAAUCAUUAUCUACGUCUUCAUCUUCCUUCGACUCAGAGCAGCUGUGGCAGCUGUAGUGCCAUCUGUCAGAGUCCAAUCCAGCAGCUACGCAAAAGUCGACCGUGCAGCCAAGUUGAUGGUUCUUUACCCCUUGGCCUAUAUCGUGCUCACACUCCCACUUUCCGCAGGCAGAAUGUGGAGUAUGGCACACCACGAAAAGAAUCUUCCCGAUGCCUAUCAAUGCGUCGCUGGAGCUCUGCUUGCCAGCUGCGGUUGGGUAGAUGCUUUACUCUACACACUCACCCGCAAAGCCCUCAUCAACGGC